AUGUCGGAGAAGCGGGCGGCCGAGGCCGCCUCUAAGGAAGAAGCCGUGUCGGCGGGCGGGGAGAAGGCGGAGAUGCUUGCAAGCGUGAAGAGCGCCGAGUCGGCGGACAAUAUCCAUGCGCUGGAGACCCACCUGGAUGCUACCGAGGAUGACUUGCGCGAGGCCAAAGAGAUGGCAGCGUCGAUGACUCUGGAGAAUGUUAUUGCGAUGAUGAAGAAUGUGGUUGCCAUUCACGACGGGGACCCCAACUUUCCCCACGUGACUCUUGAGAAGAUUAAAGAGUUUCUCGCCAACGACGAUAUACCGAUACACCCCGAAAAGCACGCUGCCAUUAUCCAAGAGCUCAAGAUAGAGGCGGCACUCAUCACCAACAACUCGCCCUACGCCGAGGUCCGAGGCGUCGUCUCCAACCAUGACGACCCGACCACGCCCGUGUCCACGAUCCGCGCCUGGACCAUCGGCGUGCUCUUCUCCGUGCUCCUCGCCUUUAUCAACCAGCUCUUCAGCAUCCGCCUGCCCUACAUCCGCUUCGACACCAACAUCGCCCAGCUGCUCGCCUACCCGCUCGGCAAGGCCUGGGAGCGCUGGAUGCCGCGCGUGUCCGUUAAGAUCCCGUUCGUCUCCCAGCCCGUGCCACUGAACCCGGGACGGUUCAACAAGAAAGAGCACAUGCUCAUCGCCAUCAUGGCCAACACCUCAAAGAGCCUGCCAUACACGGCGUACAUUGUCUGGGUCCAGGUGCUGCCGCAGUACUUUGACCAGCAGUACGCGCGCUCCUUCGCCUACGUCCUGCUUAACGCGCUUGGCACAAACUUCAUCGGGUACGGGCUGGCAGGGCUUACGAGGCGCUUCCUGGUGUACCCGAGCUACUGCGUGUGGCCGACGAGCCUAGUGACGAUUGCGCUGAACAGUUCGCUGCACGACGAGGACUCGACGUCGGUGCUGGGGCCGUGGCGGCGUACUUGGAGUAUGACGCGGUAUAAGUUCUUCUUGAUUACGUUCUCUGGCAUGUUCCUGUACUUCUGGCUGCCGAAUUACCUCUUCACCGUCCUGUCGUAUUUUAGCUGGAUUACGUGGAUUGCGCCGAACCAUCGCGACCUCAACAUCGUGGCCGGCUUCAACAACGGCCUGGGCUUCAACCCGCUGCCGACGUUUGACUGGAACGUCGUCGCCAGUGUCAUCGACCCGCUUAUGGUCCCCUCGUUUUCCACCUUCAACACCGCGGCCGGCAUGUUCCUGUCCGGCCUCAUCGCCCUCGGCAUAUGGUACACCAACAGCUGGAACACGGGUUACCUACCCAUUAUUACCAACCGGACUUUUGACCACUUUGGCAAGCUUUACAACGUAUCGCGCGCCAUUGACGAACGCGGUUUCUAUAACCACGACGCCUAUAUGGACUACUCGGCGCCCUACAUCGGCGCCGCUAACGCCAUGGUCUACGGCUUCUUCUUCGCCGUGUAUUCGGCAGUGGUCGUGCACGUCGCGCUGUACCACCGUUACGAGAUGGUCACCGGCUUCCGGAGCCUGAUCCGCGGGUUCCGCAUGAAGAAGGGUGCGGCGGACGGCACGGCCAAGAGGGAGUACGAGGACGUGCACAACCGUCUCAUGGCGGCGUAUCCCGAAGUCUCGGAGUGGUGGUACUUUGGCACCCUGGUCAUCUCUGUCGUCCUCGGCGUCCUCGGCAUCGCACUGUGGCCGACAUUUACCUCGCCCGCCGUUGUGCUAUACGGCAUUCUUCUGUGCAUCAUCUUUGUAAUUCCGAUCGGUGUAGUUGCUGCGAUGACGGGCAUUGAGAUUACGCUUAACGUCCUGGCCGAGUUUAUCGGCGGCAUGAUUGUCGAGGGCAACGCCUUGGCCAUGAACUUUUUCAAGUCAUAUGGCUACGUCACCUGCGCCCAAGCCCUCUCCUUUGCCAACGACCUCAAGGUUGCGCACUACCUCAAGCUUCCUCCUCGCGUCACCUUUUCCGGACAAAUGGUCGCCACCCUGAUCUCGACUUUUGUCUGCUCCGGCGUGCUCAAGUUCCAGAUGGACAUCAAGGACGUCUGCACGCCCGACGCCCCGAUGCGCUUCUACUGCCCCGGCCCCAACACCUUCUUCACCGCGUCGCUGCUCUGGGGCACAGUCGGCCCGCUCAAGGUCUUCGGCAUCAACGGCCAGUACAAGUGGCUACUGCUGGGCUUCCCGCUCGGCAUCCUCGUCGUCGUCUUCUUCUGGGCGCUGCGCCUGAAGUUCCCGCACUCGCGCGCGCUGCGCCAGGUGCACAUCAUCCCGGUCCUCUACGGCGGCAUCAUCUGGACGCCCCUGAGCUUCUCGUACGUCUGGGGUGCCGUGCCCUUUGCCUGGGUGUCCUGGAUCUACAUCCGCGGCCGCUAUCUCGCCUUUUGGUCCAAGUAUAACUUUGUCCUCUCGGCUUCCUUCUCCGCCGGCGUCGCCAUUUCCGCCCUCGUCAUGCUCUUCACCGUCCAGUGGAUGGGCGUCACCGUUGACUGGUGGGGGAACAGCCAGGCCGCCGUCGGCUGCGAGGCCAAGGCAUGCGUGCUCAAGACGCUCGCACCGGGCGAGCGCUUCUUUCCCUGGUGGGAUGCGUCCAAGGUGCCCGCGCCGUAG